GGAGGAGCAGCACCUUUAAUUUUACACCCGACCUUCACAACGCCUAUGACACCCACAACCAAAGAAUAACGUUAAUUAAAGGGUAGACAUGUUUUCAAAGGGCACCAAGCGCAAGUUUUCAGAUGGCGACGAUGAGAUGCCAGACGAGAGCUUAGUGAGUGCCAAGGUGGCCUCUUCCUACAGUCUGCAGCGCCAGUCUUUACUCGACAUGUCCCUCAUCAAACUGCAGCUGUGCCACAUGUUGGUGGAGCCCAAUCUGUGUCGCUCGGUCCUGAUUGCAAACACCGUGCGGCAGAUCCAAGAGGAGAUGACACACGACGGCAGCUGGCAGGUCGUCGAGUCCUUCAGCAGCGCUGGCCAGAGUCCGUCUGACCGCCUAGUUGCCACAGAGGUCCUGUGUCGGUCGCCGACGUCGGGACGGGAGCAAGACGGCGAGCACAAGCUCUUCUCCGUCAUCAGCUAUGACGGCUGUCGCGAGGAGGAAGUGGUGGCGGAUGAAACGCUGUGUUCGGUUUCCGUUGGCGACCCCUCUUCCAACAUCUGUUUGUCGGGCGGCCUGGGCCAGCGAUGGGAGAGAGGUGAGUUGAGAGGCGUGAUGGCAGAUGAGUGUGAUGAGGCCUGCGAGGACUCCAGGCUGGGGCCAGGAGAGGAGGACGUAGACGCGGAGGAAGAAUGCCCCACAGAAGAGCCCAAGAGCGUGGGCCAAGUUUUCGGGACAUUCGAGAUCAAGAAUGGUUCCCCGGGCCCAGACUCUGCUCUCGAGGAACUUUUCUCGGACGUCGACGCCUCUUAUUACGACCUCGACACCAUGCUCACCGGCAUGCAGAGUUCCCCCAAAAUGGGACCCUAUGACCUAUUAGAUAGCCUGGCUCCGUCCCAUGCCCCGCCCUCCAUAGCCCCCUCCUCAAACUGCCGCUCUGAUCUGAAUGAGCUCGACCACAUCAUGGAGAUCAUCGUCGGCUCCUAGGCAAGAGGUAGCCCAGAGACUCGUAUGCUUGUCUUAAUUGUUACUGCCUUUUCUGUCCUCUAUGGAAGGUGUUGAAUCAGCUUUUCUUUCAGGGAAUAGAGAUAUCAUCCUGUAAAGAGUGAGCUUGAUUUUACGAGCUGACCAUAGUUAUGUAAUUUGCAUACCUUCUGUAUGUUGUUUGUUUUUUAUUAUUAUUGUUAUUUUCUCUCUGUUUUUGUUCGUCUGUUAUU